AUUCGAUUGGGCACUUUAGUAGGUCCCCUAGAUCGACAUUAUUAAAUAUCGAAAGUGAUACUUAACAAAAAAUAAAUAAGAUAAGUGAAUGAAUAAAAUAACUUAUGACACUUAUUUGAGAUACGGGUAAAGCUCAUAGGCCAAAAAGUGGCGAUUAUGGCGCUCCAUUCAUAUUAAAGUUGUUUGGCUUUGCUUUAGUCUAGGCCUUUUACGAGUCAGCGUGGUUGUCAGUGCUGGUGUUGUUUAAAUCGUUUAGUGUCUGAGAAUUUUUAGGUAUUCCUGUAUAAUGAUUCCACGUGUGCUAAUAGUUGGAGCUGGUUUAACAGGUGCGGCCACAGCUGUGCUUCUGCAAAGGGAGUUGCAACAGGCUGUAUCUGUUGUCAUUUGGGAUAAAGCUAGAGGAUCGGGUGGUCGCAUGAGUACAAGUCGCAGUGCAUCCAAUCCUAAUUCUACUGUUGACCUCGGUGCCCAGUACAUUUCCUGUACGCCUGCUUACGCAUCAUCACAUGCACAAUUUUACAGUGAGCUGAUCAGUAAUCAUAUUUUAACGCCAUGCCAGGUUGUCAUUGAGGGCAUGAGAGAUUCAGACGGUGAUACCAAACAUUAUGUAACACCAAAAGGAACGAGUUCCAUUGUGAAAUAUUACCUUCAACAGUCUGGCGCUAAUAUUCACCACAAUUGUCAUUUACAAACCAUUGAUGUAAAAUGUGAUGAUGGAGUAGAAACAAUAUUAGCUGAGCACCAAGGCAGCGAUCAGAAGCAUUCAUUUGAUGUUGUUGUGCUAUCCCAGCCUGUACCACAAAUUCUCCAGCUUGGAGGCGGUAUACAGGAUAUUUUAGCAAAAAAUUCAAACGUUCUAAAGAAGUUAGAGGAAGUUGAGUACUCGUCCAGAUAUGCACUUGGUUUGUAUUUCAGUCCUGGAACAAAGUUUGAUGUGCCUUGGGAAGGCAAGUACACGUAUGAUGAUCCCUGCGUUAGAUGGAUAUGCAUCGACAGUAAAAAGAGAGGAAACGAAUCAGAUGCUGAUGGUCCAACAUUAACAGUUCACACCAGCGUACCGUUUGGUUUAAAACACUUAGAGGACAACAAACAAGAUGUCCAAAAAAUUAUAUUGCAACAUCUUUCAACCUUACUGCCUGGUCUUCCUGAACCUGUCGAGGUCAAAUGUCAAAGAUGGAGGUACUCACAGGUUUAUAAAGGUGUAGAAGGUGGUCCAGGGUGUAUGAAGUUAGCAGAAUCAAAGACGAGUUUGUUGCUAGCUGCCGGUGAUGCAUUUGUUCACUCUAAUUUUGACGGUUGCAUUGAAUCAGCAAAGAAAACCAGUCACACCAUCAUAGAUUUUCUAAAAUCCAACUGUAAAUUAUGAAAGGAAUAUUAUAGUACAGUAAUGAUAGCAAUAUUAUUAUUAUUAUUUAUUAUUAUUAUUAUUAUUAUUAUUAUCAUUAUCAUUAUUAUUAUUAUUAUUAUUAUUAUUAUUAUUAUUAUUAUUAUUAUUAUUGCUGUUUCUUGUUAUUUUGAUGUGCGUAUCCCAUGACACCUUUGACACAAAAAAGCUGUUGUUUAAUUCUGAUUUUUUUUUCUUUUUUACCAUGUUUUUGCAAAGGGUGUUUCUACCCUUAGAUCAUCCUAAAGGUUGGUGCAAACAAAGACCAUGUUAUAAUAAAGUGAAAUUGACAUUACUCUACAUUUUUAAUACGUUAUUGCAGUAAUAAAUUAAUAAUUCAACUGUUUAUGUUAACGCAAUGUUUAACACAAUUUGCGUUUGAUAUUAAAGCGUUUAGAACUAGUUAUGGCUAGGAAUGACGUAAAUACAGGCUUUUUCUUGCUGGCUGACAUUCAUGACUUGUCCCAUUGAUGAGAAUGAUACAAACAGAGGUGUGGAUGAAUUAGGUUCCUAGCACUGUAACGCUACUAUGUUUGUGUCAUUGCUUGUAUCGAACGUCAGGUGGUGUUGGUCAUAAUAUUGAGUUUGACCAAUCAACAGUCGAGUGUCUUAGCAUUAGGCACUUGCCCUGAUAGCAAGAUGCUGCAGGUUCAAUUCCCGCCAGAGACACUAUUUUUAAUAUCCUACGACUGAAGGAACUUAUGGUUGAUACGAACAUCACAAUAACAUCACAUGAUCAAAUAAUUUCAUCUGGUGUAAUAUUUGUUGUUAUUCUUUCUAUGUAUAUCAUCAGCUGUGACGUUUCGGCUAGUUGUUAUUACAGCCGUUGUAUGGUGGAGUGAUACAGUUUGCCGAGCCAGACGUCAUCAUAGUAGGAUUCUUAAAUCAUAAAACUAAUGUUAAGUGGCAUGUGGAAGUGAGUGAAGUUUGCUGCACACGUCCCAGGUUGAAAGAAAACAUAGGUGAACAAUGAAUAUUUUUAUUCAAAUUCUUUACAGCACAUUUGGCAGCCAAAGUUGAAUUGCAGCAUUGUAUAACAUGCAUUUCUACCAACAUUAAAAUAUACUAUACAAUUUAUAAUUAAUGUCCUGUAAAAAAAAUAAGAUCAUUAUUAUUUUUACAACAGUUAUUGCAAAAAUUACAAUUAAUAUUGCCAUAAGCGUCCCCCUUUAGUUGAGAAAACUAUUAUAUUAAAUUAUUUCUCCCCACAAUUUCUUCAGACCAUGGAGGACAAACACCAUUUUUUUUUUCAAAAAAGGGCAGAAAUUUGCGCAUAAUACCUGCUAAAACGUCUCAUAACUGCUUAAACAAUCCCAUGUCGGGAAAGUCCUUGCAACACUACUAACAAAUACGUUAUCUCUCCAUACUAUCAGUUAUGAAGUAAAAAAAAAAUAAUUCCACAUUUUAAUUACUUAAUUUGUAUAUUUAAGUAAAUUAUUAAAUCAAUUUUACAAAUUUAAGUUGAUUAAUAACAUUCCUGUGUUCUCUAGAUCAUUAACUUGGCUGGUAAUCAAUUAGAUAAGGAUUUUUUGUAAUGUCUCUGAAUCGCGAACAAAAAAAGAAAAGAAAAAUAAAACUUGUUUUCGA